AUGAGUGUAUAUGUGUGCAGCAUAACCAAGUCGCAACUGGAGCAGCUGCUGCUGCAGGUGCUGCGAGGAGCAGCAACAGAUGAGGAGGAAAAAGCAGCUCUUGAGGACCGUCGUUUCUCCCUCUCCCUAUCCAACAGCAGCAGCAGCAGCAGCAGCGACAGCAGCAGCAGCAGCGUAGAGAUAACAGAAACACUUGGUGCUGCAUUUGCUGCUGUUGGCCAUGAUGAGGCAAUCCUUGCGGCAUCAUUUAGUCCAGAAGGUCGCCGAUUGGCGACAGGGGGAGGCGACACUACAGUUCGCCUAUGGGACUUGGAUACGGAAACCCCUCUCCAAACCCUCCGCUCUCACACCAAUUGGGUAUUGAGUAUUGCGUGGGCCCCUCAUGGCCAACUCCUCGCCUCUGCAGGCAUGGAUGGAACUGUAUGCAUAUGGGACGCCGAGGCGGGGGCCCUCGCUGGGCUCCCCCUUAAAGGGCACAAGCAGCCAGUAACAAGUCUAGUGUGGCAGCCGUUGCACUUGGUGUCUGCGGAGGAUGCAGCAGCAGCAGCAGCAGAAGCAGAGGCAGCAGCAGCAGCUGCUGCUGCUGCUGCCGCAGCAGAAGCGGCAGCAGCAGGAGAGGGAGCGGCCAAGGACAGCGCCAAGGAAGACAGCAGCAGCAGCAGCACUGCAAACAACAGCAACAGCAAAAGUAGCAGCAGCACCAGCAACAGCAAUCGGAAGGGCAAGAAGGCAGCAGCAGCAGCAAAGAGCCGGCCGCCCCUCUCAUCUGCAUGGAGGACUCGUCUAGGGUUCCCUCUCCCCAGUCUCUUGCUAGCCAGCGGCAGCAAAGACUGCUCGGUGCGGCUGUGGCGGCCUGGGCAGCAGCAGGCGCUGCGCGUGUUAUCUUUGCAUACACAACCAAUAACAAACCUCCGGUGGUCUGGUGGCCCUCAAGGCUAUCUAUUUAGCGCCUCUAGAGACACAACAGUAAAGGUCUGGAACCCUCAGACAGGAGCCCUCGUCAAGGAACUCAAAGGGUUUAAUGUUGCAACGCCUCUGCUGUCUGUUGACUCAGGCAUGAAGGAGGCUGCACAGAAACACUUCGAUGCCUUCAUUAAGGAGGUCUGUUUUUCCCCGGACGGUCUGACGAUCGCUUCGGGUUCUUUCGAUAAGUCUAUUCGGCUAUGGAAUGGGACAACUGGGCAGUAUUUGGCUACGUUGAGGGGCCACGUGGGUCCAGUCUAUCAACUCGCUUUCUCUGCAGACAGUCGCUUCUUGCUGUCAGGUAGUGGCGACAGCACAUUAAAGGUUUGGGAUAUAAGCAGUCGUAAGCUAAAAUACGAUUUACCGGGGCAUGCAGAUGAGGUGUAUGCAGUAGAUUGGGUUUACAGUCGCUCACGAGGCUCCUUUGAGGUUGUUAUGCCCCUCUAA